GGACAUCGCAUAUACUCUCUUUUGUGAGGUGAUGACACCCUGAGUUCAUGUACUGACUUUUGGAAGUCUGUUGAGAUCAUAAAGCAAUCAGAGGAGAGUGUGCGAAAUGGACGUCUCCGUGGUGCUCAAGAACGUUGCCAUGACGACUGGGGAGGGUCCACAUUGGGAUGAUAGGUGUCAGUCACUGUAUUAUGUGGAUGUUCAGUGUGGCGAUGUUCACAAAUGGGACUCCAUCACUGGGGAGGAUACAAAGGUACAUACUGAUGGUAAUGUCGGAUUUGCGAUACCCCGGAAAUCUGGCGGUCUGAUCGUUGGUCAGAAUUUGUCAAUUUGUCACCUUGACUGGGACUCAAAGGCUAUCAAGGUGAUAGCAGAGGACAAGGAAUCGAAGGCGUUCCAGAUUAACGAUGCUAAAUGUGACGUUACUGGGCGACUGUGGGCAGGAAGUAUGCAGAAAGUCCGUCAUCCCCUGGAGGAGACCCCACAGCGCUGUGCUGCCCUCUACUCCCUAGAAACAGACGGACGGCUGGUGAAGCGAUUGGCUGACGUCAGUCUGUCUAAUGGACUUACCUGGAGCCCAGAUAACGCCAUCUUUUAUUACAUUGAUUCAAUUCCGAGAAAAAUCUACGCUUUCGAUUUCGACCCACAAACCGGUGAUAUUAGCAAUCAACAGGAAGUGAGGGACGGAACUGACGGCUCUCUGGGCUUACCGGACGGGAUGACAAUAGACACGGAGGGAAAACUCUGGGUGGUGUGUUACGGGGAGGGUAAGCUCGUCCGUAUAGACCCAGAAACAGGCAAAACUAUCCUAGACGUGCUCAUCCCCAAUGCCAAAAUGGUGACAUCAUGCUGCUUUGGUGGAAAGGAAAUGAAUGAACUGUUUGUUACCUCAAGACGCUACGGUCUCUCUGACGACGAGUUUCAGCCAGUGCAGCCAUUGGCUGGAUCAGUGUUUAAGGUCACGGGUCAAGGCAUCAAAGGCCUUCCAGCUUACAUGUACGAAGGAUAAAAUGGAUGACUG